AUUUUGGUGAUACGUAAAAGCCCUAAAAACUUCCACUAUUACUUCAAACUUUAAAGGAAAAGUACUUGUAGGGUGCGCGCGCGGGGGUCUGUGUGUCUAUUUGGGCGGGACAGAAGGAGUUAAAGAGGCGCGAGGACGAGCAGAACUCCACAUACGUCACCUAACGUCACCUGGACUUUCCGCAGGUGUUUGUGUUCAGCUGAGAGGGCAGCAGUAGCGGCGGUGGUGGUGCUGGUACUCUCGCGGACGCGCUCCUGUUUCCGGGAUCUGCUGUGGAAAGUUUCUGAAGAAGUUGGGAGGAGAGCGCGGAGCUCCGUGAACGCCUCACGCAGCGGCGGCGGCGGCGGGAGCCAGUCAGUCAUGUCGGCCGUCAAGGCUCUGCAGCAGUGGUGCCGGGUCCAGUGCGAAGGAUACCGGGAUGUGUCCAUCACCAACAUGACCACGUCCUUCAGGGACGGCCUGGCCUUCUGCGCCCUCAUCCACAAACACAGACCCGAGCUCAUUAACUUCGACUCUCUGUCAAAGGAAGAUGUCUACGAGAACAACAAGCUGGCCUUCAAGGUUGCAGAGGAGCAACUGGGAAUUCCUGCACUGUUGGAUGCAGAAGACAUGGUGGCUCUCAAGGUUCCUGACCGCCUCAGUAUCCUGACGUACGUCUCGCAGUACUACAACUACUUCCACGGUCGCUCCCCUAUCGGUGGGAUGGGGGCUAUCAAGCGCCCGGCAGACGGCUUCGUUGGGGAGGUGCCUGGGAAAAAGAACCAGGCAGUGGUGUCUAAAGUCUUUCCUGGACCUGAAGAGACCAGAGAAAACAGUCCUCCUCCGUUCAUAAACAGGACAAGACCUUCUCCUUCACCAAAACAAACCCGAAGUGCACUGCAGGAUGUUAAUGCUGAGAAAACAUCCCAGACAGGCACACUGAGUAACAAAUGUGCAUCCUGUAACACACAUGUACACUUGGUACAGCGACACCUACUGGACGGGAAGCUUUACCACAGGAACUGUGCAAGGCAGUUGUCGUCAAACACAAGCGCACCUCUUCGGGAUUUACCCACCAACAACAACGUUUCAAAGCCUCAGCCAGAUGCCAGUAAAACCAGAACAACUACUCCUGCUUACACGCCGAUCAAAGCGGGACCACCGUGGCUGGCCAAAAAACCCGCCACCCCUUCCAGUGUUUCUUCAACCCCUUCUCCUCCUCCAUCAACUGUUUCUGCUUCUACUGCUAAGGAAAGAGUUGUGUCCAAACCCACAGCCUCACGUGUCCCUACCAACACCUCCUCCAUCACCACUCCUGUUCCUGCUCCUCGCACUUCACUUCAUGCGGCCAAGACGAAUGAGAGCAAGCUGAAGUUCCUACAAGCUGAGAACACGCCUAAGCCGGAGGAGAAAGUAACAACAACGUUCAAGCUGGACAUAAAUAAAGGUCACGGUGUGACGGCGAAGACGCCAGAGACCUAUGUGGGUCAGGCAGUGACCUUAGUUGUUGGUGUUAAGGAUCAAAAUAAGGGUGCUAAUGUUGCUAAGACGAUCGGGGUGGCGGAGACUGUGAAGGACAAACAGACAGAAAGUGAAAGUUCUAAGAAAAAAGCUUCAGCAGCAGCUUUCCUCUCAAAGAAAAUCACAGAAGAAAACAACAACAGUAAACCGGCGUGGGCGAAUGUAGCUCUCAGAAAAACAGACAAACCUCAGCCACAAAUUGAAACAACUAAGAAACAAACAGAGGCUCCUCGAGGGCGGACCAGGCUGAAAGCAAACCCGGCCCUCCUCGCCGACCUGGAGCCUACAGACGACCACAGUUCAGCUUCCAGUCCGGUCCGCCACAGUAGACUUCCAGAUCGGACUCCAGACAAAGGAGGCCUGAAGUCAGGCAAAGCUUCACCCAACACUUCAGUUUCAGAAAAUGAAUCUCCUGCAGAUUGGAGGUCAAAGCUGAAGCCUGUUUCCAAAGAAAAUAAAGAAACCAAGCCUACCAGUGUUUCAGUGUCUCCUGCUAAGCCGUGGUCCAAUGGAGCUGGAAAGACUACAGAACGUCCUGGUGGAUCCUCUCCGACUCCUCCUUAUCUAGCCAGCUCUCCUGCAAAUGCACAUUCACCAAAGGGACAAGAGAAAAGCCCCAAACCACAAAGUGUAAACGGCACCAAGCCUGAGUUGAAGAGCUCUAAGACAAAGCCAGACUACAUUCCCAGAGAGGAGAUCAUCAAGGAGCUCCAGGCGAUCGAGGAGAACUUGAACGAGCUGGAGAGGCGAGGAGUGGAGCUGGAGGUCAAGCUGCGCAGCGAGGACGAGGGUGCCGACGACUCUGUCACGGAUGAGCUGAUGGUGGAGUGGUUCAGCUUGAUCAGGAACAAGCAGGUGGCCAUGCGUCGGGAGUCUGAGCUGGUGUACAUUGGUAGAACUCAGGAUCUGGAAGAGCAGCAGCCCAGUGUGGAGCAGCAGCUCAGAAGACUGAUGGAUAAACCAGAGCAUCUGAAAACCGAGGGGGACAGAAAGAAGGAAGCAGAGCUGAUGGAGAAACUGUUGGAGAUCAUCAACGACAGAAACGCUAUAGUGGAAGGCCUGGACGAGGACAGACUCAGAGAGGAAGAGGAGGAUGAGAAGCUCAACAAGAUGAUGAUGGAUUUCAACGUUAAGAAGGACAAAGCGAAGAAGAAGUCCAGGUCCAGACUGUUCAGCUGGGGGAACAAAAAGGAAGGAUGAUGCUGCGCAGAACUCCUGUUUGUGUUUGACGUCGGUGGAUGUUGACAGUGUGUGGCGUUUGUUAUAAAAAUGUCCUCCCCUCCAUCGACUGUGCCCCCCCCACCUCCCAUACACAUGGGUUAAUGACUCAGAGCCGUGAUGUGAUUAGGUUCAGCGCUCCACUUGUUCGGUUCAAAUCUACUUCUGCUCCUAAUCUCCGGGUUUGCACGUACACACUCCUACGCUCGAAUCAUAUUUGUUUACUGCAACACUGCUGCUAAUAGGAGCUAAAGACCGCGGCUUAUUACAAAGGUCUGACAGCUGUCUGCCGGCUUCAAGCUGCAAACCACUUGUGACCAACGUUAAAGUCCUCGUUUCCGUGUUGCACAUUGCAUCCACUUUCUGUACGUUUUUGUUAAUAGACUGCCUUUAUUUUGAGGUUUGACAAAUAAACUUUUAUUUAUUGGUAUAUUUGUUUUAAGCCCUUUUUUUUACCUAAAUUUGUGUGAUUGUGUUAUAUUUGUUAAAUGUAAUGAACUAAAAUAGUAGUCGCCCCGCUGUCACUUCUUUAGCCUUCUGAUAAUGAGUCAUGUGAUCCACAUUGGACCUGAAUUCACUUGUACAGUGUUGAAUUAGCAUCUUGUGCUUAUGAUGUAUGUGAAUUACCUGGUUUCAACAAAAGUCUUGUGAAUAAAUGUUUUAAAACUUUUA